AUGACCUCAAAAGAAGUGUCGAUUGAUGUGGACCCAGACGCAGACAAUGUACAGCACCUAGAGGCUCAAGAUGCGCUGGUUGUGGUUGAUGAACAAGUAUCCAGAAGGGUUGUCCGAAAAUAUGACAUCCAUCUGUUGAUUUUCUUCGUUCUCAUCAAUCUAUUCUGCUUUAUCGAUCGAGUCAAUAUUGGCAAUGUCAGGCUUCUCGGUCUUGCCGAAGACCUCAAGCUCAAUGUCGGUCUACGAUACAACAUCGCGUUGAUGUGCCUCUUCGUACCUUACUGCGUGGUCGAGCUUCCAGCAAACAUCCUUUGCAAGAGAAUUGGAGGUCACAUUUGGAUACCAUUCUUGGUCUCAGCUUUCGCAAUCAUCACGACACUGACCUCAGUCGUUCAAAACCGAGGUGGACUUUACGCUGCUCGGUUCAUUCUUGGUGUCGUUGAAGGUGGCGUCAGCCCCGGUCUCAUCUGGCUAUUAUCCCAAUUCUACCGUCGACAGGAGCUUGGGUUUCGUACGAACAUUUACGUUUCUGCCGCUUCGGCAAGUGGUGCCUUCGGUGGAUUGCUCGCUAUCGGCUUGAGCAAGAUUCCGCACUGGGGGCUCAUUCAUACAUGGCGGAACGUAUACUUUUUCGAGGGUGUUAUUUCCCUACUUAUCGCUGGUGCCUCAUGGUUCUUGAUCCCGAGAGGACCAGAAACUGCAAAGUUCUUAACCGAAGAAGAACGAACUACAGCGGUAAACAGACUCCUGGUUGACUCUGCUGGAACCGCAGAACUCGGAAAAACAAGCUUCAAACAUAUCAAGCAGGCUUUAAGUAGUCCUCAUGUCCUUGGGAGUGCAUUUGGCUUCUACUUGACAAAUACUGUGGCUCAAUCAUUCGCCGUUUUCGUUCCAUCGAUCAUCAAAGGAAUGGGUUACUCUAAUGAGAAAGCUCAGCUGCUCUCUGUUGGUCCUUAUGAUCGUUCGAUGGUGAUCAUCAUUGGUGCCCCUGUCGCGAUCAUCGGUUUCUUCAUGCUCGAAUUCCUCCCCAACAACAAACCGGCCGCUAAAUACGGGGCCCUCUACCUGGCAGCAACAGGAUACUAUUCGUUCUAUCCAAUCUACCUGACAUGGGCUGCCAACAACUGCGCCACACCGACUGUCCGCGCCGCUGGCGUUGGUAUUGUCUUCACACUCGGCAGUUUAGCCGGCGUAUGCGCACCGUGGAUCUACUUACCUUCUGACGCACCAGGCUACCGCACGGGUCACGCCGUUCUGCUUUCCUUCCUCUGUGGCACUUUCGUCACCGCCAUCAUCUUGCGCUUCUACUGCAAAUGGGAGAAUCGCCAGAAGGACUUGGGUAAACGUGAUCACUUGUUGGUGGGCUUGACGAGGCUGGAGGAGCAGGAACUGAGUUCCAGACACCCUGCUUUCCGCUACAUGCUUUGA